GCCGCCACCUUUGGACGUGUUGUCUUCACUCUCUGAUCUGAAUUGUUGAAAUGAGCAGUCGGAAGUCAAAAAACAACAACCUGAAAUAUGGAGAGUGUAUUUCACAGGUACAAAGAAUUUUUCGUGCAAGAUUUUGUCACCAGAUUCCAAAGGGUAACCUGUUUGGAGUACAGACACAGUACAAACUCUUAAUUGAUCUGCUAAAACGAACAGCUAUCCAUGGAGAAAGUAAUUCUGCAUUAAUUAUUGGACCUAGAGGAUCAGGAAAAACCAUGAUAUUAAAUCAAGCUUUGGAAGAACUUAUGGAAAUAAAACAAGUGAGAGAAAAUGUUUUGCAAGUUCACCUAAAUGGAUUGCUGCAGACUAGUGAUAAAAUUGCUCUAAAGGAAAUUACAAAGCAAUUAUGUCUGGAAAAUGUAGUUGGAGAUAAAAUUUUUGGAUCCUUUGCAGAAAAUCUUUCUUUUCUUCUGGAAGCUUUAAAAAAAGGUGACCGGACUAGCUCUUGUCCUGUGAUCUUCAUCUUGGAUGAAUUUGAUCUCUUUGCACAUCAUAAAAACCAAACACUUCUCUAUAACCUUUUUGACAUAUCUCAGUCAGCACAGACUCCGGUUGCUGUUAUUGGCCUUACAUGUAGAUUGGAUAUUCUGGAACUCCUAGAAAAGAGAGUGAAGUCACGAUUUUCUCACCGGCAGAUACAUUUAAUGAAUUCCUUUAGUUUCUCACAAUAUCUUAAAAUAUUUAAAGAACAAUUAACACUACCUGAGGGAUUUUAUGACAAGCACUUUACUGAGAAAUGGAAUGAAACAAUUCAGUGUCUCUCAGAAGACAAGAAUGUGAAAGAAGUUCUGCUAAAACAUUUCCAUGCAAGCAAAGACCUUCGAUCACUACAUAUGUUACUGAUGCUUGCCUUAAGUCACAUAACACCAUCUCGCCCGUUUAUUAUUCCAACAGACCUGGUGGAGGCAAACCAUUUGUGUAGUAUGGACUCUAAAGGAAAUAUUGUACAUGGUCUUUCGGUGUUAGAAAUCUGUCUUCUUAUAGCAAUGAAGCAUUUAAAUGAUAUUUAUCAGGAUGAGCCUUUUAACUUUCAGAUGGUCUAUAAUGAAUUUCAGAAGUUUAUCCAAAGGAAGGCCCAUUCAGUUUAUAAUUUUGAAAAACCUGUUGUUAUGAAGGCAUUUGAACACUUACAGCAACUAGAAUUAGUAAAAGCAGUGGAGAGAACGUCAGUAAAUACACAGAGAGAAUUCCAACUGGUAAAAUUGCUUUUGGACAAUAAUCAAAUUAUGGAUGCUCUACAAAAGUACCCAAACUGCCCUACAGAUGUUAGGCAGUGGGCAGCCUCUUCACUGAGCUGGUUGUGAAUUUGACCAGGGUUGUAUAAGUUUACACUAUGAAUUAUAAAAUUUCUUGUAUGAGACAGCAUUUUCUCUAAGAUGUGUUGGCAAGCCCCUCCUUAAAAUUUAAGAUUAUAGAAACAUAAGUUGUUCCUUAAACAUGUAAGACAAGUUUAUAGGUCAUCUUUGUGCAUUUAACUUUCUAAACUGUUGAAACAACUUUGCAUUUUGAUGUUCGCUACAAAUGAUUUUUGUUAUAUUUCUAUUCAGCGUUUAUAAUUCUGUUUGGCUUGGUGCUUCUUUGUGCAUUCAAGAAACAGGUUUUUAGAAAAGAAUAAAAUUUAAUCAUCUUA